AUGCCUACCACACCAGUCGUCGCCAUGGUCAUGGCACCAAUACAUCUUCUCACUUAUUCUGCAUUGCUCGGAACUGAGCUGUAUCAAAGCUUCAUCAUGACAAAGGUCGCCUUCCAAGCUUUGCCACGCUCAGCUUUCACAAGCUUACAAAAGCGUGUUUUCCCCAUAUAUUUUAAGAGUCAGAGUCUGCUUCUGAUUUUGGUCGCCCUGACCCUACCGCCAUACGGGCCAGCAUCUGUGGUCCACAAUAAGAGCGACUGGGUUCCACUUGUCAUAGCUGGAGGUACCGCCGCUUUGAAUUUAUCUGUUUAUGGGCCGAGGACUCUAAGAUUCAUGGUUGAGAGGGUUCAUCAAACAACCCGCGAUUCAAAGCCUUUGACAGAUUCGAAGGAAAUCAGCGUUGAGAUGAAGCGACUCAAUCGCUUGUUCUCCAAAGCACAUGCCAUGAGCAUCCACUUGAAUCUAAUUUCCAUUAUCGCGACGUUGUGUUAUGGUUGGCGACUGUCUUCGAAACUGAGCUUUGAGGCCGCUUGA